AUGCUGAGAAGCUUCCUUUACAGUAGAACGUCUGUAACUAAAUCCUUCAGUUGUUUUCUCCGAGGAAAACUUCAAGUUAGUUGUGUCUGUUUUACUGAGCCAGUUUGUAGCUUUUUUCUUUUUAUUUUAAUAGCUCACUCUAAUUGAUUUUAAUUAGAAAUACCGCAUGUCUAGAUAUCCGUGUCCACGAGUUAAGACUACACUUAAUGUGAAGUCACGCAAAAGAGAACUUCUCAAGGAAAAACUGUCAUAAUAAGGCUAUAAAACAUGAGCAACAGGCCCGCUAACGUACGUGGGCUGGGUUUGGUUUUUCAAAGCAGGGUUAUAACCCAGGGUUAGUGCAAAAUUUCAAUUCAGCUAUGAAAACUUUAAAAGCAAAUUCAGUUUUAUUUUUUGUACACAAUUUGAUGAUUUUACACGCUAAAAAGAAUUGAGAAAAUUAUCCUGAAAAAUACUUUUGAACAAAAAAAAACCUGGGUUAAAAUUUAACCCUAGUUUAGCGCUAAUCGCCCUUCGAACACCUGGGCCCUGAAGUUUAGCCCGUAUUGGAAUCACUAAUACAAGUGGUAGAGAAUAUGAAAGCAAACAGCAAGGCUACCCAACGACGCUUUCCUCCUAAAUACAUCGAAAACACUUUUUAGGCUAUACAGACUGCUUAUAGAUCUGAAGAAAUACAUUCUUAGCGGCGCUAUAAAAUUUGUAUCUGUUCGGUCGUCCUAGGGGAGCUUGCAUGAGUCUUUUCGAAAUUACAAGGGCUUCGAAAAUUUUAGAUGCAAUUUAACGUAUUACGAAAGUGAGAAUUUUUCUGAGUCCUCUCUACAUCUCAUUUUUGAAUCCGUAAAAAUUUAGGUUUCCUUUUUUUUUCGGAAAUAACCUAAUCUAGGGAGUGAAAUGUGAAAAAUUAAUCUUCAGAAAAUCGUAGGGAAUUUAUUAGAUUAGCUUCGAAACUUGUACGUGAAUGGAACGGUCAUCUAGAAAUGUUCAGCUGUCCUCAAUUAAUAGAAAAAUCUAGGCAAUAUUUGCUUCUCCGAACAGAUAUUUUACAGAAACCUGUCGUUGGGUGCCCCUGAAACAGUUCUGUUAAAAAACAAAAGCGAUCAUUGUAUUAGUUUUAGCAUGAAUUUUUGAAGUAUCUGUAUUGUGGUUUACAGUCAACCUACAGUGUGACAGAUGUCAAACCACUGGUGUCUGGAAACUGCUUGCAAAUAGAUUGGAAGGACGGACACACAUCCUCGUAAGAAUACGUUAGAAAUGGGCUAGUUUAGUUUACCAUUUUUGCGAACUUUCCGCAUUAGAGACCAAGCAUAAUGCGAGAAGGUACGAGAAACAAACCAUAAUUAGCCAAAAAUAAGCCCCCCGGGGGGCUUAGUAGAGGAUUUACGGUAGUUUUACCCAAGUCUCUGCUUUUAAUCUUUUUCGUAUUUUACCGUUUGUGAUGGCUUGUACUUUCUGGUAAAAAGCUGGCAUCCUAAUGUAGAAUGCUUCGUUGGGGCAAAUAAAAUGUCAUCCUCGGAUAACUAUAAACUUUUCGCGAUUCCCAGACUACUUCUCCAUUUAUUUCAAGACAGAACAUUGGACCUUUAACAUUCAUAAAAGGGGGAACCAUAUGGAUGAGCAGGGGAUUGAUCGGGGGUUCUAAGGGCUCUGAAAAGAGCUCCCUAUCGUUUACGUUUUCGGCGAUUUUAGCGUUAUGCAUUCCGCGAUAUAUUUGGCUGGCAAUUCGAAUAAGUCAGAUGUCGCACUGCAUUGGCUUUAAAAUUCGAGGCAAUUGUGAGCUAUUUUACAACUGAGUGGUUUUCUUGAGUGGGAAUUGUCUCAGUCUUGGCAACCACUGUUAUUCAGUUUUGGGCCUAAGACAACAGCUCGCUGCUCCAGACCCGCCAUUUUCGAACACAACUCUUACAAGUGUCUUACCAGACGUUUUCGAAGUGAAAUGGAUAGUGGUUCUACUCAACCGAUUUUCAAAAUUUAAACGGAUUCUGUUCGAGAAAAGGCCAAUCUUUCAUUUGCCGCGCGUGGUUUUUUAAAAGCGGUGUAAAUUUUCCGAAAAUCUCUUUCGAAAAUGAACUCCAUACUAAAAAUGGCCGUUUUUACUGCAUUUUCAAGUUCAAAAGGAUAAUGCUUACUCUUGUUCAAUCUUCUUCGUUUUAGUCUCAAAUUGCAGUUACACCAUUCUUCUUCAAAAACCCGCGCGUAGGUUUUUAGAAUUUGGCUUUUGGAAAGCAGGAAUGCAAGUUUUAUGAGCGCUACCUGGCCAGUUUUAUCUCUUUCUUGUCUUAUUGUGAGCCUUUCUUAGCCAACUCGCAUUCAUAUUUGCCGCUUCGCUGAUUAUGAAUAAUUAAUGAUGUCCCUUCAUUUCUGCCGAUCGUUUUAAGUUACGAUGUAUGUUGUCAUGUUAUGUCUCUAAAGGUACUUUGUAUACUCUGAGUCUGCUGAGUAGCGUAGUUCAUGCGACGGACACCAUGUGUCCAACUGUCGCUUACAAGAGGCUGAAACCAAAAAUGGAAAUAGACCUUUUUAGCUUGUAUGUCUUAAUUUGUUUUCGCAUUUUAGACAACGUGAUGGUACGGCAAAGAACUUUUCUUCCCAAUUUUGUCCUACACACGUGCAACAUGUGCAUAUGUAUGCACAAUUUACGCGAAAUUACCUUGAAAACAUCACGUUCACUGAGUUGGGAAACAAAACUAACAAGUUAAAAAGGUGUAUUAUUAUGAAACGUACGCUCUGAAAAGUGGUCCCGGUUGCUAACACAAGGUGGUAAUUUACGAGGGGUUCCAAUCAUAGGGCUAUGACUAGGAACAUUUUGUGAUUUGGACUGGUGACUAAAACGAGUUAAAUAGGAUAGAACAAGGACGAGGCAAUGCUCAGUGUGGGUGUGUUUGUGUGAGGGAGGGCUUGCACCUCCUCCCAUCAUUCUGUGACUUCCAGUGGAUCCUUUUAAGGUUUCCACUGGAAACAGCCAACAGUCAAUGCUGAACAGUCAAUUGAUGGUUAUCGAUUUCCUAGAAAAAAAUUAUACGUACACCUGCACUUACAUUUACGCGGGCGAUUACAACUUUCAGCACCUCCGCUCCCAAAUAGCUACUAGGUUAAUCACGUGUUCUAACAACUAACAGUAGAUCGGGAAAACUACACAAGUCAUUUCAUUUUUUAUGGUUAAUAUACUAUAUGUCUGUAAUUAAAUAUAUACAUUUCUUUUAAAAUUUUUCUUAUUCUUUUGUUCCUUAACUUAUUUAAGGUUCCACAGUUGUUGGCUGCGGCUUUGUUGCCAAUGUGAUAAGUGCAAGCAAUCAAGUAGUGGUCAGAGGACUAUUAAUGUCUCAUCUCUUCCUGAUCCAAUAAAGCUAUCAAGUUUUGCAAUUUCCGGUAAGUGGGCGUAGCGUAAGUUAACCUUAAAAGUCAGUGUCGAUGUUAUAUGUCUCACAAGUUUCGAACAAGUUGAUUUCAAUCACCGUACAUUGUACUAUGCAAGGCUUUUGUAGACGUUUACUGAAUAGCCCUUUAAUGUAAAAUCUUCAGCCUUAUUAUGCUUAUACUUACUCAACGCAAACUUCGUCUAUUGGUUUUACUGCAAAAGAAAUACUUGUAACUUGCAAGAACAUUGUAACGAAACCUAAUUUAGAGGAAUUUUUAGGUUUAGCUUUUUGAACAAUAUCGCUUUGAAAAUUGUGGCAAACAAUAUUGAAUAUGUGUGGCAGCUGACAGGUUCUUUUUUUUAUUUUUUAUUUUCCAAUACUUUUUAUUUUCAUUGUAAUUUGUUUUGUUAUUUACUGACAUAUUUAUUUACUUAAUAUUUAUUCUUUUACUUUCUGCUGUGUAUUAAUGUUGUUAAUUUGUUGUCAAUAAAAAAAAAAUAAAAAAAUGCUUACUGUUCUUAACAUAUAAUCACUAUAGAGUAAGACACAUAGACAGCCUUUUUGCUGUCCAAGAAAAAUUCGAUAACAAUACCACUGAUUUUUUUUGUUGCAAAUGUGUUGAGACAGCGGUCAGUGUAAAACGCAGACUGCGGACCAGGGGUAAAAUGCAGACUGUGUGUAAAAUGCAGAGUGCAGACUGAGAGUAAAACGCAGGCUGGGUGCAAAAUGCAAAAUAAAGACUGUAGACUCUUUUAAACAUUUGUGCUCCUUCUUCUUCGAAUCGGUGAAAUAGCUAGCCGGUAUCAGUUACACACUUCGCUUCCUAGUCAAAGUGCAUUGCACAUUCGCCAGAAGUUUCAAUGAACAUCCGAACAGCUUAAGUCUGCGUUCCUUGAUUUGCAAUACUUUCAUAGAAGGUCAUCCAAAUUUCCGCAGAACAUCCUUCUUAGUUGUUGGAAUGACUUACUCCCUUUUUUAUCGUUAUAAUUCUUCCUGUACAGUAUUUUGGGUCAGCAGCUUUCAUUUAAGCGUAAUGCACCUAUCAAUGUUAUGCCGGCGGGGAAGCAGGGCAUAGGGUAGGGAUUUGAAUGUCUUUGUUGGCCCUGGGGUAGGGUAUUUGACUGAUCUUGUUCUCCCAGGGGAGGGGAUAUUUGAAUCUUUCUUCGCCCGACGUAGAAAUAUUUGACUGCCGACUGGGACGAAAAAGACUGAGAACGAACAUAUGUUUCCCACUUCCAAGCCUCACGCACGCGCCGUACGGUCUGGAAAGAUCUGGAAAUCAUAGAGGCCAACGAGAACAAGCGAAAGCUAGGUGGAUUUCACUGUGUUUUUUUCAAAUUUGGUGUGUUUUAGCGUGUUUUUGAUCUUAUUGAACCUCUUAAGAUACUGUGGUAUCAAAGUAAACGGAAGUAAAGAGUAACCAAGUCGAUUUUUACAAGUACAAUUGAUCAGUGUAUGCUCAUUCGCUACAAUCACUGUAAGCUUAUAAAAAUGACUUUCUUUCACCCUUUACUAAGAACGGUAUAUUUAAACUUACAAAAUGUGGACUUUCUCCUAAAGGUUUCUGUAUUCUACGCAGUGUAACACGGAUUAUGGUUAAAACGUGUAAUUGCAGCUGUAACAGGAACAUGUAUCUUUGGUGAUGCAGCAACGUAAUAUAAAUAAAGAUUUCAGAGUUUAUUUGGAAAUAUUUUUAUUGUGCCUUUCUUGGGUCCAGCCUUGGGAUAUUUGACAGCGCAAUGUGCAGCCAGAAGUGGGGAAAUUUGGUUGCAUUUGACUGGAAUGAUGUGCCCGUGGGCAAGGAAUUUAACUGCAAAUUGUUGAAAAAUGUCAAAUCCCCACCCCAUGCCCUGCCUCCCCCCCCCGCCGGCUUUACAUCGAUAGGUGCAUAAACAUCGUGGUGUUGUACCAGUUCACGGUCCCUGGUCACGUAUAUAAAGUUGAAGCGUGAAUUCUCUCGGACGGAAAAAAGGUUCAAGAUUACGAUUAUGUUUUCGGGUCGUCGACGACGUUCCAGAGAAGAAAGGAAUGGAUUUGUGAAAGCAGAUGUCGUCAAGUAAGUGUUCGUUUACAUGUAUCUGCGGGAUUUUCUUGCCCUUAAACCCUUCCACGACAGUUUAUGCUCGGUCUGCAUUUUACCCCAGCCUGCGCUUUACUCUUAGUCUGCAGUCUGCAUUUUACCCCUGGUCCGCAGUCCGCAGUCUGCAGUCUUCGUUUUAAACUAACCGGUUGAGACAGGCAAAUAAACUCUGCAGACUUUGGGCCUUUUGAUAUUAUCCUAGCAGUAAAUUGAUUUUGAUUUUUCUCCCCAUUGUUAUACAAAGUAUUAUCGAUAUCCAUAGCUAGAAAAUAGAAUAUUUUGACCGCACAUAGACUAACUCAUUCAGUAGAGAUCAGUAGAGCAACGGCCUGCAGAGUGGGAUGUCACAAGUCUAAUUCCUGGUACCAGAACAAUACUGCAUGCUCUUAUAAUAGCUUACUAAUUUAUUCUAUUUUUUUUUUCAGAAAAUAAGGAGAAUCUCCUUUUAACUUGGGAACGUGAAAGUGAUCAUCAAGGAGUGCUUAACUUAAAAUGGCUAAGAGAAAAUUGUUACUCUGAACCAGCAAGGAAGAUACAAAGUGAAAUGAGAAGGACACAGCCACAUUUAGGACAGGUAUUUAGCCCUCCUGAUAACAAUCAGACAAUGAUGCUUAGAACAAGCACGAAGAGAUGUACAAAACUUAUAACAAGAGUAUAUAGUGGUUCCCCGUUAGCUAAUAUAUGGAAUACAUUUCUCUCAAUAGCUUUACAUAGCCCUACAUAGCCCAACAUAGCCCUACAUAGCCAUUCAUAGCCCUACACAGCCCUACAUAACCAUACAUAGCACUACAUAGAGAUACAUAGCCAUACAUAGCCCUACAUAGCCAUACAUAGCCCUACAUAGCCAUACACAGCCCUACACAGCCCUACAUAGCCCUACAUAACCAUACAUAGCCCUACAUAGCCAUACAUAGCCCUACAUAGCCAUACAUAGCCCUACAUAGCCAUACAGAGCCCUACACAGCCCUACAUAGCCCUACAUAACCAUACAUAGCCCUACAUAGCCAUACAUAGCCCUACAUAGCCAUACAUAGCCCUACAUAGCCAUACACAGCCCUACACAGCCCUACAUAGCCCUACAUAGCCAUACAUAGCCCUACAUAGCCAUACAUAGCCCUAUAUAGCCAUACAUAGCCCUACAUAGCCAUACAGUACACAGCCCUACAUAGCCAUACAUAGCCCUACACAGCCCUACAUAACCAUACAUAGCCCUACAUAGCCAUACAUAGCCCUACAUAGCCAUACAUAGCCCUACAUAGCCCUACAUAGCCAUACAUAGCCCUACAUAGCCAUACACAGCCAUACAUAGCCCUACAUAGCCAUACAUAGCCCUACAUAGCCAUACAUAGCCAUACAUAGCCCUACACAGCCAUACAUAGCCAUACACAGCCCUACACAGCCCUACACAGCCCUACAUAACCAUACAUAGCCCUACAUAGCCAUACAUAGCCCUACAUAGCCAUACAUAGCCCUACAUAGCCAUACAUAGCCCUACAUAGCCAUACACAGCCCUACACAGCCCUACAUAGCCCUACAUAACCAUACCUAGCCCUACAUAGCCAUACAUAGCCCUACACAGCCAUACAUAGCCAUACAUAGCCCUACAUAGCCCUACAUAGCCAUAGAUAGCCAUACACAGCCAUACAUAGCCAUACAUAGCCAUACACAGCCAUACAUAGCCCUACAUAGCCCUACACAGCCCUACAUAGCCAUACAUAGCCCUACAUAGCCCUACAUAGCCAUACAUAGCCCUACAUAGCCAUACACAGCCCUACACAGCCCUACAUAGCCCUACAUAACCAUACAUAGCCCUACAUAGCCAUACAUAGCCAUACAUAGCCCUACAUAUACACAGCCCUACAUAGCCAUACAUAGCCCCCCAGCCCUACACAGCCCUACACAGCCCAUAACCAUACAUAGCCAUACAUAGCCAUACAUAGCCCUACACAGCCAUACAUAGCCCUACAUAGCCAUACACAGCCCUACACAGCCCAUACAUAGCCCUACAUAACCAUACAUAGCCCUAUAUAGCCAUACAUAGCCAUACAGCCCUACAUAGCCAUACAGCCAUACACAGCCAUACACAGCCAUACAGCCAUACAGCCCUACAUAACCAUACAUAGCCUUACAUAGCCAUACAUAGCCCUACAUAGCCAUACAUACAGCCAUACAUAGCCCUACAUAGCCCCUACAUAGCCAUACAUAACCAUACAUAGCCCUACAUAGCCAUACACAGCCCUACAUUGCCAUACAUAGCCCUACAUAGCCAUACACAGCCAUACAUAGCCCUACAUAAGCCAUACAUAGCCCUACAUAGCCAUACAUAGCAAUACAUAUACAUAGCCCUAUACACAGCCCUACAUAGCCAUACAUAGCCAUACACACAGCCCUACACAGCCAUACAUAGCAAUACAUACAGCCAUACAUAGCCUAUACACAGCCAUACAUAGCCAUACAUAGCCAUACAUAGCCAUACAUGGCCAUACACAGCCAUACACAGCCCUAUACACAGCCCCCCUACAGAACUAUACAUAGCCCUACAUAGCCAUACAUAGCCCUACAUAGCCAUACACAGCCCUACAGCCCCUAUACACAGCCAUACAUAACCAUACAUAGCUAUACACAGCCAUACACAGCCAUACAUAGCCAUACAUAACCAUACAUAGCAUAGCCCUACAUAGCCAUACAUAGCCUACUAGCCAUACAUAACCCCUACACAUAGCCAUACACAGCCAUACAUAGCCCUACAUAGCCAUACAUAGCCAUACAUAGCCACACACAGCCAUACACAGCCAUACACAGCCAUACAUAGCCCUACAUAGCCAUACAUAGCCAUACAUAGCUAUACAUAGCCCUACAUAGCCCUACAUAGCCAUACACAGCCCUACACAGCCCUACAUAGCCCUACAUAGCCCUACAUAACCAUACAUAGCCCUACAUAGCCAUACAUAGCCCUACAUAGCCAUACAUAGCCAUACAUAGCCCUACACAGCCAUACAUACAAUACAUAGCCCUUCAUAGCCCUACAUAGCCAUACAUAGCCCUACAUUGCCAUACAUAGUCCUACAUAGCCAUACACAGCCCUACACAGCCCUACAUAGCCCUACAUAACCAUACAUAGCCCUACAUAUACAUAGCCAAACAUAGCCAUACAUAGCCCUACACAGCCAGACACAUCCAUACACAGCCAUACAUAGCCAUACAUAGCCAUACACAACCAUACAUAGCCCUACAUAUCCAUACACAGCUAUUCACAGCCAUACACAGCGAUACAUAGCCAUAUAUAGCCAUACAUAGCCCUACACAGCCAUACACAGCCCUACACAUCCAUACAUAGCCAUACACAGCCAUUCACAGCCAUACACAGCCAUACAUAGCCCUACAUAGCCAUACAUAACCCUACAUAGCCAUACAUAGCCCUACACAGCCCUACAUAGACCCACAUAACCAUACAUAGCCCUACAUAGCCAUACUCUGCCCUACAUAGCCGUACACAGUCAUACAUAGCCAUACAUGGCCCUACAUAGCCAUACUGAGUCCUACUUAGCCAUACACUUCCAUACACAGCCCUACAUAGCCCUACAUAGCCAUACAUAGCCGUACACAGCCCUACAUAGCCCUACAUAACCAUACAUAGCCCUGCAUAGCCCUACAUAGCCAUAACUAGUUACACGUGCACAACACUUCGUGGACAAGACUUUGCGACUGGUUGGGAUUUAUCUUUUAAUCAGUGCCGUACAAAGAGUGUUGUGUUUUUUCUCAGGAAAGUUAUUUUAUAAAAGCAAUGGAAAGCUUAUUUCCUGUGUUUGCAUAGCCUGAUAUAAACACUCGAGGCGUUGGGAGAAUUCUCGACAGUUAUACAAACCCGAGACGAAUCGUCUCGGGUUUGAAUAACUGUCUCGUUUUCUCCCAACUCCUCUUGUGUUUAUAUGGAACUAUGCCAACAGAAAACGUUUUCUGUUGCUUAAAUAUAGCUGUACAUAGACAUACAUAGCCAUACAUAUGCCAUUGUCUUGAUUUUCAAAGCUGGCGCUUUUCGCUAAUAGUGGGCUGUAACAUCUAGCCUAGUAGUAGCGCAACCAAUCAGAACGCAGCAUUGAUAAUAGACCACUAGUUGCAUUUUACAAAUAGCCCUAUAAUCCCCUCACAACCCUACAUAACCCUACAUAGCUCUACGUAGCGUUACAUAGCUCUACAGAACCCUACAUAUUACUACACAACCCUACAUAGCCGAACAGAACUCUAUGCAAUCCCACAUAGCCCUGUAUACCCGGACACAGGGCUACAUAGUCCUAAACAGCCAUUCGUUAUCAUAAGAGACUACAUUACGAGGCUUGAACACCAAGAACACCAAAUUUAGAAAAAAUUACCAGAAACCCUCAGAUUUAAGUAAGAAUUAAAAUAUUUUAUUUGGAUUAUGGGCUAUUAUUUAACUCUGACAAGUACCUUACAACUCGUUUAUGACCUUGGUUUUUUUUUACUUCUUUUAUCCAACAGUUCUUUUUCCAAACGUUUAAAAUUAUAUGUUCUCUUAUGUCAUAGUAAAAGUAAUAACAAUUACAUAAGGAAAAUACAAAGACCUGCGGUUUGUACAGUCCUGAAACCACAAACAGAGUUUACCUGCUCAGGAGCUAGUUAAGCUUGGGACGUAUUUAUAACUGAUUUGGUGGAAGUUUUGGCACUUUAACAUACCUAUUGUCUGUGCAGCCCUAAACAGCUGCACUCAUCAACUCAUUUACAGCCAAACAGCCAAGUGCAAUCUUUUAUUAUCAUACACGGCCCUGGAAACUUGGACACAUUGGGUCGGUUAUAUACCUGCCAACUUUUUCUGAGAUAUAAGCGUGAGAUUUUUAUCCUGGGUGUGCUGGAAUUUUUGAAGACGACACGAUCAUUUCCGAAGAUUCCCGAAGAAGUCCGAAGUCUUCCGAAGACGUCCCGAAGUCUACCGAAGACGAAGUUAUCGAGUUAUUUAAACGAAGUCCAACUUUGGCAGCAGUUUAGGAGAUCUUUGGACCGACCAAAUCUCUAGUGCAUUCUUUAAAGACAAAUGCUUUUCUUGUCCACGUUAUAUGCGCUACUGAGACUGUCACAAUAAAGGGUGUUUACAUAAAAGCGUUCACCAAACAAAAAAUGGCAUAAAACGCAUUUUCUUAAAACUCUACCUAAACGCCGUUUAAAUAACUGGCCCACUGUUUCACAUAUGGCCACACAUAGCGCUGUGUCAAUGUAUCAAUAGGCCAAUUUCAAAAAUACAACCAUACUCUUUGUUUUCCCUCCAAAGUUUUGCACAUGCCUAGUACUACUUUCUUGAGAGAGCAACAAUCACCCCAAGAAAAGCUGAAAGCAAUACUUAUUCAAACUUUUGCAGAGAAAACAAAGAGUAUUAAAAAGGCCUAUCCAAAAAGGCCCAUAUUCAAUUAUACGCUCUAGGUGCUUAUUCGAGGUGGGUGCUUGUUUGAGUCUGGACAUUAAUUAAAAUUUUGUCAUUUUCAGCAAGUAGUAAGUUAAUUUACCAACAAAACAGUACAUAAUACCAUAAUUUGUGCGAGGACAGAAUUUUAGUUUAAAUUUGAAAAAAAAACCUAAGAACUAGGCCUUGGUGGACACCCAGUCAAUUUCUAUCUCCAUCUCAUUGUCAGCAGGAUCAAUAAGCGAUCUCUCUGGUUUGUUGUGUCCCUGUCUCACAGUAUAAUGCCCACAAACAAUGUGUUUUUUUUUUACAAGUGGACAAGAAGUUUUAGACGAGAAACAGUUGUGGCAGUAAAUAUGUAAGCUAUGUAUGGUUAUGUAGGGCUAUGUAGGGCUGUGUAGGGCUAUGAAGGGCUAUGUAUGGUUAUGUAUGGCUAUAUAGGGCUAAGUAUGGUUAUGUAGGGCUAUGUAGGGCUCUGUAGGGCUAUGUACGGCUAUGUAUGGCUAUGUAGGGCUGUGUAUGGCUAUGUAGGGCUAUGUAUGGCUGUGUAUGGCUGUGUAGGGAUGUGUAGGCUAGGGCUAUGUAUGGUUAUGUAUAGCUAUGUAGGGCUAUGUAUGGUUAUGUAGGGCUAUGUAUGGUUAUGUAGGGCUAUGUAUGGCUGUGUAGGGCUAUGUAGGGCUAUGAAGGGCUGUGUAGGGCUAUGUAGGGCUAUGUAUGGCUAUGUAAGGCUGUGUAGGGCUAUGUAUGGCUAUGUAGGGCUAUGUAUGGUUAUGUAGGGCUAUGUAUGGUUAUGUAGGGCUAUGUAUGGCUGUGUAGGGCUAUGUAUGGCUAUGUAGGGCUGUGUAGGGCUAUGUAGGGCUAUGUAGGGCUAUGUAGGGCUAUGUAGGGCUAUGUAUGGUUAUGUAGGGCUAUGUAUGGUUAUGUAGGGCUAUGUAUGGUUAUGUAGGGCUAUGUAUGGCUGUGUAGGGCUAUGUAUGGCUAUGUAGGGCUAUGUAUGGUUAUGUAGGGCUGUGUAUGGUUAUGUAGGGCUAUGUAUGGCUGUGUAGGGCUGUGUAUGGCUAUGUAGGGCUGUGUAGGACUAUGUAGGGCUGUGUAGGGCUAUGUAUGGCUGUGUAUGGCUAUGUAGGGCUAUGUAUGGCUAUGUAGGGCUAUGUAUGGUUAUGUAGGGCUAUGUAUGGCUAUGUAGGGCUAUGUAUGGCUGUGUAGGGCUGUGUAUGGCUAUGUAAGGCUGUGUAGGGCUAUGUAGGGCUGUGUAGGGCUAUGUAUGGCUGUGUAUGGCUAUGUAGGGCUAUGUAGGGCUGUGUAGGGCUGUGUAUGGCUAUGUAGGGCUAUGUAUGGCUAUGUAGGGCUAUGUAUGGUUAUGUAGGGCUAUGUAUGGCUGUGUAUGGCUAUGUAUGGCUAUGUAGGGCUGUGUAGGGCUAUGUAGGGCUAUGUAUGGCUAUGUAGGGCUAUGUAUGGCUAUGUAGGGCUAUGUAUGGUUAUGUAGGACUAUGUAUGGUUAUGUAGGGCUGUGUAUGGCUGUGUAGGGCUAUGUAGGCCUAUGUAUGGUUAUAUAGGGCUGUGUAGGGCUAUGUAUGGCUAUGUAGGGCUGUGUAUGGCUAUGUAGGGCUAUGUAGGGCUGUGUAUGGCUAUGUAGGGCUGUGUAGGGCUAUGUAUGGCUGUGUAUGGCUAUGUAGGGCUAUGUAUGGCUAUGUAGGGUUAUUUAUGGUUAUGUAGGGCUAUGUAUGGUUAUGUAGGGCUAUGUAUGGCUGUGUAGGGCUGUGUAUGGCUAUGUAGGGCUGUGUAGGGCUAUGUAGGGCUAUGUAUGGCUGUGUAUGGCUAUGUAGGGCUAGUAUGGCUAUGUAGGGCUAUGUAUGGUUAUGUAGGGCUGUGUAUGGCUAUGUAGGGCUAUGUUUGGCUGUGUAGGGCUAUGUAUGGCUAUGUAGGGCUGUGUAGGGCUAUGUAGGGCUAUGUAGGGCUGUGUAGGGCUAUGUAGGGCUGUGUAGGGCUAUGUAGGGUUAUGUAUGGCUAUGUAGGGCUGUGUAGGGCUAUGUAUGGCUGUGUAUGGCUAUGUAGGGCUGUGUAGGGCCAUGUAUGGCUAUGUAGGGCUAUGUAUGGUUAUUUAGGGCUGUGUAGGGCUAUGUAGGGUUAUGUAUGGCUAUGUAGGGCUGUGUAGGGCUAUUUAUGGCUUUGUAUGGCUAUGUAGGGCUAUGUAUGGCUAUGUAGGGCUAUGUAUGGCUAUGUAAGGCUAGUAUGGUUAUGUAGGGCUAUGUAUAGUUAUGUAGGGCUAUGUAUGGCUGUGUAGGGCUAUGUAGGGCUAUGUAGGGCUAUGUAUGGUUAUAUAGGGCUGUGUAGGGCUAUGUAUGGCUAUGUAGGGCUGUGUAUGGCUAUGUAGGGCUAUGUAGGGCUGUGUAGGGCUGUGUAUGGCUAUGUAGGGCUAUGUAGGGCUAUGUAUGGCUGUGUAUGGCUAUGUAGGGCUAUGUAUGGCUAUGUAGGGUUAUGUAUGGUUAUGUAGGGCUAGGUAUGGUUAUGUAGGGCUAUUUAUGGCUGUGUAGGGCUGUGUAUGGCUUUGUAGGGCUGUGUAGGGCUAUGUAGGGCUGUGUAGGGCUAUGUAGGGCUGUGUAUGGCUAUGUAGGGCUAUUUAUGGCUAUGUAGGGCUAUGUAUGGUUAUGUAGGGCUGUGUAUGGCUAUGUAGGGCUAUGUAGGGCUGUGUAGGGCUAUGUAUGGCUAUGUAGGGCUGUGUAGGGCUAUGUAGGGCUGUGUAGGGCUAUGUAGGGCUGUGUAGGGCUAUGUAUGGCUAUGUAGGGCUGUGUAGGGCUAUGUAGGGCUGUGUAGGGCUAUGUAGGGCUGUGUAGGGCUAUGUAUGGCUGCGUAUCUAUGUAGGGCUAUGUAUGGCUAUGUAGGGCUAUGUAUGGUUAUGUAGGGCUAUGUAGGGCUGUGUAGGGCUCUGUAUGGCUAUGUAUGGCUGUGUAUGGCUAUGUAGGGCUAUGUAUGGCUAUGUAGGGCUAUGUAUGGUUAUGUAGGGCUGUGUAUGGCUAUGUAGGGCUAUGUAGGGCUGUGUAGGGCUAUGUAUGGCUAUGUAGGGCUGUGUAGGGCUAUGUAGGGCUGUGUAGGGCUAUGUAGGGCUGUGUAGGGCUAUGUAUGGCUGAUUUGUAGGGCUAUGUAGGGCUAUGUAGGGCUGUGUAGGGCUGUGUAUGGCUAUGUAGGGCUAUGUAGGGCUAUGUAGGGCUGUGUAGGGCUGUGUAUGGUUAUGUAGGGCUAUGUAGGGCUAUGUAGGGCUGUGUAGGGCUAUGUAGGGCUAUGUAUGGCUAUGUAGGGCUAUGUAGGGCUAUGUAGGGCUGUGUAUGGCUAUGUAGGGGUAUGUAGGGCUAUGUAGGGCUGGGUAUGGCUAUGUAGGGCUAUGUAUGGUUAUGUAGGGCUAUGUAUGGCUGUGUAGGGCUGUGUAGGGCUAUGUAGGGCUAUGUAGGGCUAUGUAGGGCUGUGUAUGGCUAUGUAGGGCUAUGUAGUAUUAUGUAGGAUUAUGUACACUGCUUCUAGUAACUAACGGGGAACCACUAUAUGAUGCUUACACCACGUACCUACCUUCCCAAUGGUUUUAACCGCUGGUUUUUACUGUGAUUCCCGGGCUCAUCAUGUUUGGAAACUUCCAGUAGUCAAAUACAUAGCUGUUUAUAGUCAAAUAAAAGCCGCUGAUCAAAAAUUUGCGACAACCAGAAAUGGCGACGAAAACUCAAAGAAAAUAAGCUUUCGAACAAGAGGUUUUGGAGACAAUUUAGAUGAUUUUUGGCUGAGGCAUUGUAGAGCGAAGGUCUUGGAUUUAAGCCGUGUAGUAGAAACGUAUUUAUAAGUGGAAUUAACUCCAAAUUCUUUAAAAGUGGGAAGGAAGAAUUUGCUUUUUCAGUGGACAAAUAUAAAACUCACGAUAAAAAAAGAUAAGACUUUGUACUUGAAGAUUUAAUCGCAACCUCUGAGAGCUUCCCAGCGGAAUUGUCAUUAAUUACUGAAGAAAAGAGGUUAAUCAAGGUGGCAGUGCUCCAUUUGCAAUAGAAUCAUAUGGAAGACGCAGGUAAUUUUUUCGUAUUUUUAUUUCCAUUCUGGGAAGCUCGAGAUUUGAAGGGAGGAGUUUAAGUUUGUCAAAACUAAGAUCUAAAUAAGUCAACCUUUCAGUCUCAAUCGGGUCCUAGUGUUCAGGUAUAUCGUACGACAUGUUGGGGUGUCUAGAAAACACAGACCUCGAAAACACAGACCACAGACCUAGAAAACGCAGACCUCGAAAACACAGACCUUGAAAACACAGACCUCGCAAUUUAAAACGAGUCUUAAGACCUACACAUUUGAUCAAAACAGUUUAUGCAUGGCACUUAUUUUUCCUAUAGUUUAUGGCUACUGGCGUGCCGACUUGGCUUUUUUUUUUUGGUACCUCCUGAGUGGCAAAUUGUAAAACACCAGUAAAUGAACAGCAACAACAACAAUGAAAACCACGAAAUCGCAGUCUGUCAGCACUUAAACGGCCGCUUUGCCCAUUCUUCAGUCCUGUUUCGAUUAACUUAUUUGUUACUAUUGCAUUACUACAGUAGUGGAAAAACCAUGUUCAUAGAAGUAAAGUUGUUGUUGUUUAACUAUGUCAUGAACAGGGACUGGACUACAUCGAAAACGUCGUGGCACAUCAUGCAAUCAUAGAUCCUAGACCAACAAAGGAAGCCUGCGUUUGACUGUUGCUUGUUCUCGUUGCCAGUCCAGCAAUAGCUAUAGAUAAACGUCAAACAGCAAAAAAAAAAAAAGCAAAGUCGGCAUGCCAGCUCAGCCAUAAACUAUAGGGAAAAUAAGUGCCAUGGGUAAACUGUUUUCAUCAAAUGUGUAGGUCUUAAGACUCACUUUAAAUUGUGAGGUCUGUGUUUUCUAGGUCUGCGUUUUCUAGGUCUGUGGUCUGUGGUCUGUGUUUUCAAGGUCUGUGUUUUCUAGACACCCCGACAUGUUGUAUCGCAAAUUAUUUUACUUAUCCCACAUUUCUUUGUAAAAUUUUCAUUGUUUUCUGUUGGAGCUUUUUUUAUGUGUCCACUACUACUGCGCAUGCAUGAAAUUAAAUCCUGGCCAUUCAUAAUAAUACUUUUGUUAAGUUGUAAUUAUCAAAACCUCUUGACUUCAACAUUUAGUUAUAAUACAUGAUAUGUCAACAUAUAUUAAUAUUGACAUAAGACUGUUUUCAUACAGUCAAAAUGUCCACUGAAAAUGAAAGAUGUUGACUCCAACGGACUUAUGUUUUAAUCACUAUUUAACAGCACAGCCUUCCAGAAGUGGAGUAUAGUGAAAUGAUGGAAACUAAGGAAGGUCUCUGGAAGUAAGUUCCCUCUAUUGUGUAUAUCACGGACCCAAUAAAUGAUAUCAUCGUACAACCAUUCCUGAAGUAUAAUUAUAUUGUUUGAUUUACAGGUUGAAUACAAGCACUGUAUAAAAUUCGCUAACAGCCCUGAAAUCAAUAUUGAGCUCAGGAUAUAAGCGCUCUAGAAAUAAAGCUAUCACCAUUUCUACUUAACAAUUUGUAAGCCAUGUAUUUCUAUGAGUUUCUCAAUAAUUGACUAAUUAUUGGCUGGAAAUCCUGUAGUGUAAUUGCAGUAAUAUGCAAGGAGCCUUUUGUAGACCUCGUUCAUUCAGACAGUUUUACGUUUGCAACACUAGGUGACAGAUAGUAUUUUAAGUGUAAAGCGUUCUUUUUGCCCCCAUAUCUUUGUAUCGCGCUCCAUUGAUGUUAGUUUAAUAUUUAACUAUCAUGUGUUUCCUCCUGUUUUUAAGAAUGCUUUGCCAACUAAGUGAUCAUGGGGUGUCAUUGGUAAAACAAGUGCCAAUUGAUGACGAGGAGACUGUUUGUAAGGUUUGUGAAGCUAUAUAGUUACUAUAUUAAUCUGAAGUUAGAUAGUCAACAUUCUCUCAAAAGCUGCUACUCUGACACAGUUCAUUCAUCUAGUUUUGAGCUGAAUUUUAAGCUGUAAUUCUCAAACAUGUCACCUGAUCGCAAUGAAAAGACUCUGCAAAAUGUGCAAAUGCUAGCUGUCAGGCAAAGUAGUACAUAGACUUUGAUGCAAGAUAAUGUCCAAGGGAACAGUGUGUAAAACCUUUUUUUUUUUAUCUACCAGGUUGCAAGAAGAAUGGGACCUCCUCAGGAAACCGUAUAUGGAAUGGUUAGUCAGUACUAAUAACUGCAUUGAAUAACUGCAAUAUUCCAUGAGUGAUUUUAGUGACUGAUGAUGAUCUCAGUGUUAAGUGUUGCUGUCUUUUUUAGACAUUUAAUGUGCUGAGUGUUCCUAAUCCAAUCAAUAUUGCAUAUUCUGAUGUUGAAUUGGCUCUGCACAUGGAUCUGAUGUAUUAUGAGUCUCCACCUGGACUUCAGCUUCUUCACUGCUUAAGGUAUAAAGCUAAAUUCUAAAUCAUUUUUUGAGAAACUUUAACGGCUGCAUUGCAAUUGAGAUACUUCAUUCCACUGCGUACUGUGACAAGUGAUUUAAUACCGCCGCCCGGUUAGUUUAAAUGGAUAAACACAGGUCUGCCGAGCGGGAGGUCGCGGGUGCAAACCAGCCUGACCAACAUACAGGGUCUUAAAAUAACUGAAGAGAAUGUACUGCCUUUAUUGUGACAUCUACAAAUGGUUAGACAUUCUAGUCUUCUCGGACAAGGAUGACAAACCGUAGUAUCCGUCUCAGAGCUCUUCAUGGUUGUGAUUAUUUUUGGACGUAAAAGAACCCACACUGCUGUUCGUUGGAAGAGUAGGGGGCGUAGACACCAGUGGUGUGGUACAACUCAGUUUCAUGGGCUGGGUGGGUAAUGAAGGGGUUGAUAUCAUUUGGGAUACAUUAAGUCCUGUCUCAUCCCCUGUCACCAUGUUGAGUCACUGUGGCGAAUUCCAUAAGUUAUAGUCGGAACGUUAUACCAUUUGUCUAUGCUUAGAUAUGAUCCAGAAGUUGAAGGAGGCGAGAGCAUAUUUGUAGACGCUUUUGAGGUUGCUAAGGAUUUGAGAAAACAGUUUCCUGAUGACUUCAACAAUCUUGUGCGUAUACCAGCAACAUUUCAGAAAAUACACUUUGAAAGGUAUUAAAUUGUUCUUACUUGAAAAUUUUCAUCUUUAUCACAACCACUACAAAUAUCUAUCAGAAUAACGUAACACACUUUAAGCUUAAUCUGACAUUGACAAACCUUUUUUAACGAGCCAAGCUUUUCGUUGUUGUUCUUUUCUUUAUGUUGCAGGGAUUAUCCUGUCAAGCUAGUGUACAAAAGACCACAUGUUGUUCUUAAUCCAGACAAUGAGGUACAAUGUGUUUUUUUUUUACUCUGUAGUGUACCCGUUUAAUAUUUACAAAGUUAAACAACAAUACCAGCAAUACCAUUAGUAUGGUUCAUGUAGUGCCUUCCUAUGGCACUCUGUUUUCCAAAUGUGGCUAGAAAGUAGGUCCAAAUGGGAUAGAGUCACGAGAGUUUUCUAUUCUAUUCAACGUUAGGGUACAUUCAUUCAUAACCUUAGAACACACUCUCGUAGUUUAGGCCCUGUUUACAAGGAGGGAGGAUAACCCUGGUGCUAGAGUUACCCUAGCACUCACAUAUUUCUUCUUUUUUCACACGACGUUUUUACAAGGCAGGUAGGGCUACACUAGCGCUAGGGUAACCCUACCUGAGUGCUAGGGUUACCCUAACAAGAGUGUCAUCGCCUACCUGCCUUGUAAACGCUCUGCUAGGGAUAACUCACCUACCCGCGUCAACUUUCUGCCGUCAUGCAUGACUGGUAAUCGUGCUAAUUUGAACAGGAUCAUCCAAUUUCUGAGCUUUAUUAGAAACAUCUGAAAACAUAAAGUUAUUUUCUGUCUAUGAUAAUAUUUUCCCUUUUUUCCAUGAAUUUAACAUGUUUCCCAUAGAGAACUUCAAGAUUAUUUCAAAUCUUGGACCGUUACAAAGAAUGUCAGGCAUGACGAAGCACCUCAGCAAAGUUGGGAAAGUUGACCUGGGUGAUAGGGUAACCGUACAUGUGAAAUUUGCUUGUAAACCAGAGCUAACUUUAACCCACUUGCUAAGGUAACCCUAGCUCAAGGGUAACCCUCUCUCCUUGUACCCCAUGGAAUUACCUCAUGGACUUCCAUGAAGUGUUCAGUUUUGAUUUUCAAAGACAGCUUCCACGGGGUGUCCAUAGAUUUCCACAGAAUUCUAUAGUGUAUCUGUAGAUUUCAAAAAUUUAAUAGAACUUUCAUGCGCUUUGGCCUGUAACUCUAUGGAAUUCCACUGAACUUACCGAUUAAACAGAUCACCAGCCAGUCAACCACAAUUUCAUGUUUGCAAAUUUGAAUUUGACAGAGAAAGAGAAAUAAAAAAGCUGCUCUUGAAAAUAAUACUUACGUUUAGAUGAUACAAUGAAAUGGUAUCUUCUUUUUACCCAUGCUGAAGCCCGGUAGCAUCAUAACGGAAUUGUUGUCUUUCAAGAGAUGUUUGUAACAAAAACCAAGACCCAACUGACUGGUUCUUUAGGACCAUCUCCUUACAACACGUUUCUGUUAUUAUUGUUCUUUGCAAUUUUUUAGUGGAAAAUACUGUAACUGAGGAACUGUCGCAUGAUAGUAAUCAUGACUAUUAUAAUUACUGGUGCCUUUUUUGCUUGGUUAUUUUUAGGUUGUGGCUGUCAACUGGUCUCCAGCUUUUGAGGGUCCCUUAUUUGUACCAGAGGUAAAUAUCCACACCCCAAGAGAAGAUCAUCAGUGUUAUAACCCCAUAGUAGUUCCCACCAUGAACACAUAAACAGGGUCCCCACUCAGGAGAGAAAAUGUUGUGUUUUCUUAAUGACGGCCACCAGAACAGUUUUUUGCUACUGAAAAAUAAAAGUUACCACCAUAGAUUUGGAAUUGUACUCUAAAAUCCCAUGGGUCUUUCCAUGCGAACCUAAGAAGGAAUAAAGACGGUAAGCACGGCCUUAUAUGCGGGAGGUUUGGAAUUUGAUUACAGGUGUAAAUCCAUUUUUCGACUUCUUUCCCUUCCGUGUAGUUUUAAAUAUUUUUAAAUAUACCUGUAAAACGGAGCACUGGUUGAGAGAGAGGGCAGCGUAAAAUGAGUGCACCGUUGGCCUCAGGUUUUUCAGUGUAAUAUGUACUGUAAUGAGUUACUUUAACUGAAUGAAAUUUCUUAAACGAUAUUAGAGACCUGUAGUGGAUGACGAUGUCUGCGAGGACGCGCAGAUUUGAUUUGUCUCGUGUAUUCUCAAGAAAUACACACUGCGGAGAGCUUCUAUCAUUUUACUGUUUCAACAGAAAAGUUAAUACGGUUGUUGUUAUUCAAGGAGGUUAAUCUCUCUCACGAUCACAAAAUGAUAAAACUCGGCUUAUAACAUUAUAGUAACUUGUGUUAUUUUUCGUCACUGCAACAUUUUCGCUAAAACCCGUAGUAGAAUUACAUCGACUAUUGCGCUUUCCCGCCAAAAAUGACAGUAGGUUCACUCAUGCGCACUUCUUAGUACUGAAAAAAUCUGGUUCACGUAGUCGUUCUCUAGAAUUCCGAUCCCUAGUAUUAUAUAUUUACCUCAAGUAGAGAAUCUUACCAGCUGUGACAGGUGUGUUUGGCCUUACCAUCGUUCGCACGUAUUUGGUUUCUAACGUCCGGCACAACGUGUUCCUUCGAGAAGUCCUUGAUCGUAGCCACACAGUAAUUUUCAAGGAGUUAUAAUAACUCCUCUAGCGGGGCUAAUUUAACUCCUUACUGCGGAGUUAUUUUUGGGGAGUUAUUUUAACUCCGAAAAGGAGUUUAAACAACUCUUUUUCAGGAGUAAAAGUGACCCCAGAUAUUGAGGAGUUAAAAUAACCCCCAAAAAGGAGUUAUCCUGUACCUAAAAUUUGUAGUCCACUUUCAGAGUUAAAUUGACUCCAAAAAGAGUAAAAGCAACCCAUGUAAGGAGUAAAAAUAACCCCAUUUCGGAGUUAUUUUAACUCCAGACCGGGAGUAAAAAGAACUCUUUUUGAAUUUCGAGAGUAAAAAUGACCCCAAAUUCGGAGUUAAAUUAGGAGUUAAAGGGUUAUCCUGUACCUAAAAUUUUUACUCCAUUUUUGGAGUUAUAAUAACUCCCUAAAAAGUACGGUGCAGGCCCUAGCAGUAGAAUAGCAUCACUACAUCUGGCAAGGUUUGCGCAAUUAAUACUACGAUAGGCGGUACACCUUCAGAUCCUUAGAGUAUAUUUUAACUUUGUCUUUUACUUAUUUUAUCAGGCAACCUUUCCCUCUUGUUGCCUAUCAUUCGUACGGCCACAAUCAACUGACCUUGUUUGUUCAUUCAUAGGCAGAUGUUGAGCCUUAUUUUAAAGCGUAUAGGAGGUUUACAAAGCUUCUUGAUGAAUCUCCAAUUAAGGUAUGGAAAAUGGUUGCCAUCAUUAUUCAGUUCAUGGAUAUGCCGGUUGAUUUCAGUCUUGCGCUUUAAAAAACCUCACCCUUUUUUGAUCGGUGGUUAAUUUGAAUUCAUAUUGGCCGGGGGUAGCUGUAAACACAUGCAGCAUACAAUAGGUGGCAAUUUAUUUCACUUCACCGCCAUGUGCGUAGCCAUGGAGCUGCGUAAAAAUAAAAUUGAAAAAAGGGGGAAAUUUUUUUCCUUGGUAGCUAAGUCGUCCGUUCAAAAAUUUAAGGCAACAAUUUUGACGCUGCAAGUUUACCAUUUUUGUCCCUGAUUUCCUCCAAGUUUGCACUUUUUUGCAUCAUAUUUGUCCCGAGCAACUUUGAUGUAAAUCUGAUUUUUCAGCUAGUCACAGAAAGACUGCUUUGGUAUUUUAGAAAACUGUGACCAUGCAGCCAGGAGACUUGAUAUGUUUUAACAACCGCCGCGUUCUUCAUGGUCGAAAUUCACUCAAGCUUAAUGGCGGAGUCAGGUUUUUAAAGGUAUGUUUUAUUUUCACAACACUAUACUUGCUUACCUUCCUUAUUACUGGCCGAAAAUGGAAAUAGAUAGAUAGAUAGCCUUUAUUUCAAAACGAUGAGUAUUAAAGCUACAUGAACUUGUGGAGCCAUAAUAGGACAGAGAGGGACACUCCCAGUCACGCCUUUGGGAUAUCUUAAUUCCAAAAAAGUUAUUUUAGAACUAUGCGGACCAUGCGGAAACAGUUUCCGGUAAUCUGGUUGACUUCCGGAAGAUUCAGCGCCAAAGUGAGGCCGGGUCAAUAAAUGAAUAAUAUGGCUGCCUAAGUGGAGGGACGAUGUGGAGGGUGUGUACUUGAUAAAAUAAAAUUGUCUUUCUUCAACGACGAACCUGCCAUAGAAACUGGUUAAAACUUCUACACAAACGGAUCCUUUACAAGAAACGGUAGAAAUCGGUUAAAGCGACCGCGUGACCAUCGUUUUUGUUUGAACAGCUGGAAAGAGGACAAGUAGCAUUGCGGCCCGGAUAAGCGUCAGCUGAAGCGUUGCACACAAAACACGCAGGUGCUACAAAGACGACCGUACAAGCGACCAUGUGGACGUAUUUUCUAUUGAAAGAGGAAGGAAAAGAACGUAUAAAGGUUUCCAGUAUUUUUGUCAAGGACAUGACCAGGGAUCAUGUGGAAAACACCUUUUCCUGCUUUGAGUGAUAUUUUGUACCGUGCUUCACAUUGGACAAUUAACAAUUAAGCACUUUAAUAUUCUUGAACACGAGGUGAAUAGAAGCGGAAUAUUCGCGGUGAGGUUAAUAUUCCUAAAGCCACUGUUCACCAAGAUUAAAAAUCAGUAAGGAGACCAUUUAAGUUCAAUUUGACGGUUUUGACGGAUCAAUUCACGUGUGAAAAUCGGUUUGUGCAAAAGUUUGAUCUUUACAGAAUUUUCAAACAUUGCAAAUCAAGUCGCAGUUAAAAAAUCCUUUCGCAAAUAAUGGCCUAAUGGGUUAUAUGGAAUCGCCAGAACUUUAAAUUCUGCUUCCCAGCCUGUGAAGAAAAGAAGAGCUUUGAUUUCAUCUGUCGACUCGCCAAGUCAAGGAAAAGGUUUCUUGUGCAGCUUGUGUUGUUCUUUAAUAAGUGCAGACAAUGGUGACCCGGUUGCUCGAGGUAAGGCGCCGUUUCUCUCUAGUUUUCUUGACAAUUUCGUAAAGAUUUUCUUUUAUUUUUUUUGUCAUAAGUUGAAUUUGAUUUCUGGGGAAAAUCCGCUUUUGAAGGAAACGUUGAGUUUACAAAACCAUCUCUGCUGUGGCUAUAUGGCCGGUAACCGGUCAAGGUUUUCAAAAUACCAAAUGGCCGGCAGUUCUAUAUUCUCAGUAAAUUUCACAAAAUCGAAAGAUUCCAGCUAAUGUAAACUAUCAUUUGUCGAUUUAGAAAAGUCAAGCGAUCCUGAAAUGCUUUACAGAUCUCAAGUCUAGUGUUUGGUUUGCGCUGGGCUCAGAGGAGGAAAUCAUGUUUCGUGACACUGCUCGACUGCCGGUUUUCAAAAUAUGAUAGUUUACAUUAGCUGGAAUCUUUCGAUUUUGUGAAAUUAACUGAGAAUAUAGAACUGCCGGCCAUUUAGUAUUUUGAAAACCUUGACCGGUUACCGGCCAUAUAGCCACAGCGUCGAACGCUUUUCAAUUAAACUGUAAUUGUCAGCAUUCCAUCGAGCGAAAAAUACUGCUCAGUAAAGUUAAUCGGAAAACGCUCUUUUGAAUACUUUGAAGUCUUUUCUUACCUUCCAAAAAAAUGGACCCUAGGAUUUUGCCGAAUUCUGAAAGGUUCUUACUCUAAAAAAGACUGGCCAAACACCGAUCUAACGCAUUAGUUACUCGCGAGGCUAAAACACUACAAAGACCACUCAGUGUGUGUCCUAUGCAUUCAUGGAUGCAUAGGACCUUUUGAUGUUGUGUUUGCCACUUAUUGAUCCAGCAAGUUUUCUCUAUUUUAGUAACCACUUAUGGUUUUAGGUGUGGGCUACUAAAUGUAGUGUUAUAGAAAGCUCUCAAAAGUAUGAAGAAUAAAAACUACUGCAAUAAGUUCAAACUGUGUACAGCUUCUUGCUGAGUUGUGUCUUAUUUUUUAUACCCCCCUUCCUCAUAGAAAAAAAUACAAACCUAAUAUUUAUUACUCUUUUUCUAUAGUGUACGGAAAAACCUGUAUAUUUAAGCGGACUCCAUAUUAAAAGUUACAUCCUAUGUUAAGCAGAUGAAUAGCUCAGUAUGUUUGAAAAUUUUUUAACCAUAUUUUCCGGAAAACAAUGUUUUCAAAAAGAAAUGUAUUCAUACCCAUUUUAAGGGGUAUUUUCUUUGUGUUAAAAGCUUUCAACCAAUCAUAAGAGCUGCAAACAAUAGCCAACUGAAGAAAACUUUACGUUAAUUUUAAGUUCCUGACAUGGGAUAUCUGUUUUAUUCAGACUCAUAAGAAUUUGUUAUAAGGAUUCAUAUACAUGCUGCUUUGCAAAGUUUUCUUGAAUUUUGCUGCCUAAACGAAUCAGAAGUAUAGUACAGACAAUAGUAAAGUGAGCACUUUUUUGCAUUUCAACGUGUUUAAACAUUGACUUUAUUGAUUUUAAUGUUGCAUUCUAAUGCUCUUAAAGCCAAGUCUGCAGGAAGAGCAAGUUUGUGUAAUCUUUUGCUUUUAAGGCAAUCACCAUGGCACCCCAAUCUUUCCCUUUAAAUAAUCUAAUAAACUCACAUGUUGGCCUGCACAUUAGGAUUGAUCAGGGUAGGCCUCCUGCAACCACAAAGACAUCACAGGAGAUUUAGGCUGUUAUUAUCAGUUAAGCUGAUCAGUAUUGAGCAUAUGACCUUCAUUGAGGAAGGCUUUAAGUUAAAAAUGGCAGUAUCAAAUUAAAAUAAAAAUCAAUAAGAACUUCCUUUGGUCACACCUUGACCUCUUAAUUAGGUCAAGUUUCUUUUAUUGGUGAGUUAAUCAAUAAUUCAUGCAUCUGCAUGGGUUGCAUUGAGAGAGACAUUCUGAAACAAUAAAACAGUGUGUGUGACUGAAUCAAUGUAUCUAUUCAUGCCAUGGCUUGAAAGAGGCAAUGUCAAGGAAAGCAUCUAGAAGGAGACAAAUUAAUAUUAAUGUAUUGUGUACAAUAACAUGUGUGUCAUUCAGUUGGUCACACUCUUCCCAGUAAUCCUCAAAUUUCAAAUCCCAAAUGCUUUGGCAGCCACAUAGUUUAACAAAAGUAUAAAAAAUAAUUAAUGAAUAAAAAAAUAAGUGCUCCCUUGCCCCAAAAUAUAGAACUUGCACUGUUUGUCAAGCUUGUACAUUAUUUUCCCCCCUAUUAAUUCCGUGGCAAGGUCCCGACAUCUUAAUAGAUAAUUGAUGAUUGCUAGUAGUAUUGUUCCUUCAAUUCAACCUGUCAGAAAACAACAGAAGAGUUUGCAGACACUGAAAGACAUAUAGACUGCAAGCGGUCUCUCUUUUCCUCGAAAAUCUGUAAGGGAGAGUAUUUGAACAGCGUAUUCGAAUUUGCACCCUCAGAACUCACGGGACUUCGCUGCUCAAAUACUCUCGCUAACAGAUUUUUGAGCUGAAGAGAGACUGCUCACAGUCUAAAAGACAUACAACAUAAAAAUGAUGUACCAGUUUUAUGACACCUUUACAUGUUGUAUUUUAUAUUAUCCCUGCAGGGGGGAGCCAGCCUGGCAUAAGGACUCAGUUCUUCUCUCUUUGCACCCUCACUCAUCCUUCUUUUUACCAUCUAUUUUUAUGCAUAUGAGGUUGUUAUAAAUAAAAAAGAAAAACUUGUAUAAUUAGAAUUAGGCAGACAUCCACACAAAAUUUCCUGCUUUCUGCUUAUUAGAGAUAUCCACUAAAUACAGGUUUGUUUUUCUUAAAUUAUGGAAAGAAACAUUUUGCCACAUUUUGAGCUAUUCGACUGCUGAAUACAGGGUGUCUGCUUAAUAUGGGGUCUGCAUAAUAUAGGUUUCACCAUACAACGUAGAAAAUGAGUUAAUUAGACUUUCACUGAGGAGGGGAGGUACAAGAAAUUAGACAUAAUUAUAAACAAGAAGCUAUCCACAGCUUGAACUUAUUGCAGUAGUUUAUAUUCUUAACCCUUCUGAGUGCUUUCUAUAGAGAAAAAAAGAAAAGACUACAUUCAGCAGCCGACACCUAAAAUCAUGAGUGCCUACAAAAGUAGACAAAACUUGCUGGAUCUAUAAGUGGCAAACAGAACAUCAAAAGGUCCUAUGCAUCCAAGCCUUUACAUUUAUUAUCCAUGCAGAAAGCUUAUAUUAUUUAACACACAUAACAAAUGUUUGGGGUUGUAUGGAAAUCUUACCUAUACAUUGUGGUGCAGGAUCUGUAAAGCUUAAUUAUUACAGGUGUAAGAGAAAAAUAUGAGGCUUGGUAAAACCACAUAAAGUAAAUAAACUCCAGAUGAGAUGAUCAUACUGUCGUAUUUAUUUCAACGCCGUUUGCAACAUGAAAAACACAAAUAACCUUACACAAAUAAAGCUUUUACAAGCAAAAAUCGGUUUCAGGAUACACACAAAGUGGUCUUUGUAGUGUUUUAGCCUUGCGAGUAAAUAAUUGGUGAGCUCGUUGUAUUGUCAAUUUUUUUAGAGUAAGAACCUUUCAGAAUUCGGCAAAAUUCUAGGGUCCAUUUUUUUGAAGGUAUGAAAGGACUUCAAAGUUGCAAAAGACCGUUUUCAGAUUAACUUUAGCAGUAUUUUUUGCUUGAUGGAAUGUUGACAAUUACGGUUUAAUCGAGUAGAAGAGGUGAGUAAACUCAACAUUUAAAGACAAAUUUUCCCCCGACAUCAAAUUCAACUGACUUAUGAGGAACAAAAUGAAAGCACUGAAAUCUUAACGAAAGCUCGAGAUUUCAGUUAAUCAGGACAAAGAAAACUACAGAGAAACGGCUCCUUACCUCGAGCAACCGGGCCACCAUUGUCUGCACUAACGAAGAACAACACAAAUUAGCUGUACAAAAUACCUUUUUCCCUGACUUGGCGAGUCGACAGAUGAAAACAAAGCGUUACUUUUCUUCUUAGGCUUGGAAGUACAAUUUACAGCUGAAUUUAAACUUCUGGCGAUUCCAUGUAACCCAUUAGGCUAUUGUUUACGAUUUGAUUUGCAAUGUUUGAAAAUCCUGUAAAGAUCAAACCUAUUGUUUACCGAAUAUUAACCUCGCCGCGAAUAUUCCCCUUCUAUAAAUUAAACCUCGUGUUCAAUAAAGAAUAAUUGCUAAUUGUCCAAUGUGAAGUGCGGAACAAAAUAUCAGUUAAGCAGGAAAAGGUGUGUUCCACAAGAUUCCCGCCUUCCCGGUCAUGUCCUUGACAAAAAUACUGGAAACCUUUAUACGUUCUUUUCCUUCCUCUUUCAAUAGAAAAUACGUCCACAUGGUCACUUGAACGGUAACGCUCAUCCGGGCCGCAAUGCCACUUGUCCUCUUUCCAGCUGUUCAAACAAAAACGAUGGUCACGCGGUCGCUUUAACCGAUUUUUACCGUUGCUUGUAAAGGACCCUUUUGUGUUGAAGUUUUAAGCAGUUUCUACGGUAGGUUCUUUGUUGAAGAAGGCCAAUUUAUCAACUCCACAUCGUCCCUAUUUAGCCUAUUUAGGCUAUAUUGAAAAAUUCAGGUUCUUAUACGCGGGCUAUUACUGUAGUUUCCUUCGACCAACAGUUCACCGUCUGCCCUUCGAAUUAUUUAUGUACUUCCCUUAGUAAUUACAACAAUUGCAAAUAAACACGAUAACAAAGUUCACUGUUAACUGAGCCUAUUCCAGGACUUCCGAUAGUGGGGACGGACCAAAGAAAAGUAAGGAGAAAAAAAUGAACAGCAAGGAGUGUAUCUGAACGCCUGUAAAAGUCUAUUAAUCUGAUUGAAGUAAAAUAAUAGUGCUCACGCUCAUGACUAAAAUUUAACGAAAGAAAUACAAGAAUACAUAUAUUGCACGAUGGAAUUUAUCUUUUGUUAGGUCGGCAGUAUCUGCAAAAAAAAAUCAUCUGUUUAUAUCCUGCAACUGGCCAAAAAAUAGGCCAAUACUUUUUUAUAUAAAUUUCAGCAAUUUAUUACAUUACAGACAAAAAAAGAAAAAAAGAAAGAAAAACAGUAGUACAUAGUUCAAAAGAAGGAAAUAAAAAGUGGUAUAUAUCAUCAAUCAAUGUUCAUUAAUUUUGUAAAACACGGAGUCAAUGCUUUGAAGAAAGUCUACGAGGAGGCAAGCCUUAUCCAGAUCUCUGAGGCUGAUAACAUUUCCCGCGAUCUGCAUAAUCAAGCCUCAUUGUUAAAAUGUUAUCUACGGUUUAGGUUAACGUUCUUUUACAUCUGUUUUUCUUCUUCUUUGUAUUCAAGGGUUGCUAUGUGAACAUUGACGAGUUCCGGAACACAUUCCAAGUGAUGUCGGAGUUGAUGGGCUCGUGUCAGCCUUGCAAACGGAUUGGCAACCAAUGCUUUUUAUAA